AGUCCUGCUCUCUUUUUUUGUAAUCCUGCAUUCCUUAACUUUCUUCUGAAAAAUUAGUGGUACAGUUUACAAAUUCUUAAUAAAAUAAAUAAAUAAAACAACCGUUAAUUCGCCCAAAUAUCUCGGUGUCCUGACAGUAAAAAAAAAAUGGGGGUUAAGAUUAUACAGCCUACUUUUCCUUCCCUCCUUUCCUCCCCUCUUCUUCUCUCUCGCCAUGCCGGGAUCCAUCCGUCCUGUCUCGCGCAUUUUGUGUCCCGGGAUGACCUGUUGAUGUCGGGCAAAAAAAGAACGAAAGAUGGAGUACCAGACAGACUCACCGGGGUUAAAUAUAAAGACUACGUUAGCGUAAACGUUUUUACAACCGUGUGGCUGAGUACGACUCUUAAUGAAUAAUUAAUUCGCUGUGAUAUAUCAUAGGCGACAUUUUUUUUUUUUUUGUUCGGACAACGUGAGUCUGUCCCGUAACUGCCAUUCGGCUGUUAGGAGGAAGGAGACGAGUCUUAACGGACAGACACGCGCUUGGCACGGAGAGAGAAGAGCUAAAUAUUUCAUCCUUUCGACUAUUUUAGUGGCAGAUUAUUUUGGUGGCAGAAUUCGUGCCCCCCCCCCCAUCGGACGAUACACGUACCCUGUGGUGCUGGGCAGAGCGUUAUGGCUCAGACGCUGCAGAUGGCGAUCCCUAACUUUGGCAACAACAUCCUGGAGUGUCUGAAUGAACAGCGGCUGCAGGGCCUCUACUGUGAUGUCUCCGUGGUGGUCAAGGGACACGCCUUCAAGGCCCACCGCGCGGUGCUGGCGGCCAGCAGCUCCUACUUCCGGGAUCUGUUCAACGCCGGCGGGAAGAGCUCGGUGGUGGAGCUGCCGCCGGCCGUGCAGCCGCAGAGCUUCCAGCAGAUCCUGGCCUUCUGCUACACGGGGCGCCUCAGCAUGAACGUCGGGGACCAGUUCCUGCUCAUGUACACCGCCGGCUUCCUCCAGAUCCAGCAGAUCAUGGAGAAAGGCACGGAGUUUUUCCUCAAGGUCUCGUCUCCAAGCUGUGACUCCCAGGGCCUCCACACCGAGGAGACCGAGCCCCAGAGCCCCGUCACUCAGACGAUGGGCGGCGGGGGCGGCGGCGGAGGAGUCGGCGUGGUCGCUCCGGCCGCGGGGAGGCCCGCCUCCUGUCUCACGCCCCUCCCCCUCGUGUCCAAGGUGAAGACGGAACAGAUGGCCUCCACACCUCAGCCCACCUCACAGCAGCAGGAGGGCUCUCCCUACUCUGUGGUCUGCACCCCCGUGGCCAAGCGGCUGUGGGAGGGGGGCAACAGCGGAGGCGGGUCAGGGGGUGGAGGUGGGAUGAGGAAGGCUGCUCGCUACAUUUCCUCCUCCUCUUCGUGCUCCUCCUCCAACAACACUACCCAGGAUGCCUCUGGGCGCGGACCUGCAGCUAAUGCCGGCAUGGUGGGCGGCGGUGUUGCCUCUUCGAUGGGAGGAGCCGGACUCAACAGUAACCACAACAACCAGAACGGCGGGACCCCCGAGGGCACGAGCCCGGGCACGCUGAGCAUGUACACCAGCGACUCGCCGAUCAGCUACCACGAUGACGAGGAGGAGGACGACGUGGCGGACGAGAGCGCCGAAGAGCAGUACCGACAGAUCUGCAACAUGUACACCAUGUACAGCAUGCUGAAUGCCGGAGCGGCAGUGGUAGGCGAGCGGGUCGAGGCCCUUCCGGACUCGGCCCCGGACUCGGGCGGCGGCGGCGGUCGGGGGGGCCGAGGGGCCCGGGCCCGGCAGGACCUGGCGUCGCUGCCCGCCGAGCUCAUCAGCCAGAUCGGCAACCGCUGCCACCCGAAGAUGUACGAGGAGGGCGACCCGGCCGAGAAGCUGGAGCUGGUGAGCGGCACCUCCGUGUUCAUCUCCCGCGCGCAGCUCAUGAACUGCCACGUCAGCGCCGGCACGCGCCACAAAGUGCUGCUCAGACGCCUGCUGGCCGCUUUCUUUGACAGGAGCACUCUGGCUAACAGCUGUGGGACCGGCAUCCGCUCUUCAACCAACGACCCCAGUCGUAAACCCCUGGACAACAGAGUGCUGCACGCUGUCAAAUUUUACUGCCAGAACUUUGCGCCGAGCUUCAAGGAGAGCGAGAUGAACGCCAUCGCGGCCGACAUGUGCACCAACGCCCGCCGCGUCGUCCGCAAGAGCUGGAUCCCCAAGCUCAAGCUGCUGAUGGCCGACAGCGACGCCUACUCCGCCUUCCUGGCCGACAGCGUGAAGAUGGAGGCCGACGCACUGGGGGCGGAGCAAGGCUUUGACCCCACCUCCCUGGAAGCGGUGGCGGCGGCGGCCGCCGCCGCCGCCAACCAUAACGAGGCAGGGGGCGGAGCCACGCAAGCGGACGCCCUGCACGGGGCGGGAGGAGACGGCAGCACUUUGUUUUGAGUGAGUGAACGGACAGAUGAGGGGGCAGAUGGACGGAUUGAUGCGGGGAGGGGGGGGUCUAUUCCUUCUUUUACACCUCUUUUUUCGGUUCAACUUGUUCUGCCUCCCCUCCUUCGUUUGUCCACAUUUGUCUCUCAACUGCCCAGAAUGCCUCACUUCGGGUUGUCCCACCUCUCCGGUCGAGAGAGAUAGAAAGACAGAGAGAAAGGUAGUAGAGAGAGGAGGUUGGAACACCCCCCAACCUCCUCAUUCCUCUGCAACCUUUCUAACUAUUUCAACCUUUAUUUUUUUAUGUUUUUAAAGGUGUGUACUGUCACUACGGCCCCUUUUCUUACCAUGAUCAAUCACAGACAUUCCCGGGGGUUUAUUGGGUGGGGGUGGGGGUGGGGGGGGGCGAUCCUGUUUUGCAGAAAGUGAUAUUUCCUUCCCCAAACUCCGGUAACACUGUUGUUUUUGAUAUUGAAUGUAUGCGUGGCGAGGCAUCCGACCCGCGGCUUCGUGAAGUCAGAGGAGGUUGAGUGAGCCUUCUUUUUUCCUUCUUUCUUUCUUUCCUUCGUUUAUUCGUCUGGAGAUGAAAGCUUCUCUGAGGUCGGGGGGGUUGAAAUGAAUAUUGAUAUGUAUAUUGGCAUGGUUUACAAUGCCCUCGACCUCCGCCCGCCCCCACCUACGCUGCUCUUUAACCCGCUGCCGGGCAUGCUGGGAAACUGACCCACCAGCCUCUUACUUUAUUCUGCUGGUGAGUUCUGACUGACGGGGAAAAAAAAGAAUAUUUGUCUUAAAAAACCUUUUCCCCUCAACCUCCCUUCAAAAAGACCAUUUCAGUUACUUUUGUGUUUAAGAUCUUAAUUGUUCUUUAUUAUUUUUGCCACGCCUCCUGAAGGAGAGGAAACUUGUUACCGAUGAUUGUCAAAGAGUUUAAAUGCACUGUGUUACUUCCUGCGGUAUGAGUACAAUCGAGCUACGUUUUUUGUACGAAUCAGAAAGAAGUGUUUUUAUUUUUGAAAAACGCAACAAAAAACAGAGAAAAAACUACGAGCUGAAAUCCAAUUUAUAUCUCUGAUUAGCACCCCUUUUUUUAAAGUCUGAAGGAAAGUUAAGAAAUAUCCAAAAGUGUGUGUGUGUGUGUGUGUGUGUGUGUGUGCGCGUGUGUGUGUGCGUGUGUGCGUGCGCGCGUGCGUGCGCAUUGAUGUUCUUUUUGUUUCCAGCCCAUGUUUAAAUAGUUUUCCUUGAGAAUAUCCGCGGCCCGUUAGCAGAGCAAGUCUCCCCAGGCUCUGCAGCCUGCGUGCUCGCUUGGCGUGGACAAUGGUGCUAAUUCAGGCAUUGGUACAUUGCUAGGAAUACAGCUCUGUGUGUGUGUGCUGCAGAGAGAGGGGGGGGGGGGGCCAGACGGUGUGUUUUCACACACGCUUGGUCGAUUCAUUCACCCAUCACAGCGGUGAGUGCGCGCUAAUGCGCAUUUGGGCGCUGUCAGCCGCAUCAGCUACAGUACAGCAGAGCAGCAUGGGAAUUAAAGGGGAAUUACACAGAAGCAGAGCGGAGAGGGCCGGCGCUCGCCACGUGCGAGCACUCGCCUUAAAUUCAUUUAAUGAGGCUGCGUUAGACCGGAUGGUGAACUGUCACCAAAGUUUUGUCUGCUGGUUUGACGGUUCCUCUUUAUCUGGCUACAUGGGAGGUAUUAAGAAUGAUAAAUAAUAGAACUCAAAGAAGAAACGACAUAUUCGCCUUUUUAAUACUCGCGUCGCUAAAUGGCGGCUUUUAGAAAAGUGAGCGGCAUCUUUUCUCUUUUCUUCUGAACACUGACCUCGAGAACACGCUGAAUACAUACAUCAGCUAGAGGAGGAUUGAACACAGCGGCUCCAGGUGAACCGUUUUCUAUUGUUUAGUGUCACUGAUAUUUUGCUCAUAAAUACAUUAAAACCAUCGAUAUUCAAAUCCUCAUUCCACCCGGUUUCAGUUUAAACUCGCUCUUUAAAAUCAUUCCCAGACAAUCAACAUGAAGGUGAUCCUUCUUAUGUCAGACGUCACACACCCGUCAGGUGGAAGUUAUUAGAGCUGCAAAUAUUCAUCUAUUAAUCGCCAAAUAUUGUCAUUUUUUAAGGGGAAAAAAGGGAAAAUUCUCUGAUUCCAGCUUCUUAAAUGAACACCAGUGAACACUAGGGUUCACUAGCGUUUAGUAGCGAACACUAGGGUUCACUAGGGUUCACUAGAGUUCACUAGCGAACACUAGGGUUCACUAGAGUUCACUAGCGAACACUAGGGUUCACUAGAGUUCACUAGCAAACACUAGGGUACACUAGUCACUAGGGUUCAUUAGUGUGAUGACGCAGAAGGUCAAAGGUGCCAACAUUUUAAAAAAGGAACGCGUUGAGUGUUUUAAUUUGAAAGAUAAUCCAGCUGUUACAUCACUAUCAUAAUAUCUGUUAAUCGUUUUGCCUUUUUUAUACUGCGUUCCCUGUGCGUUUAGUUCCAUCUGCCGUUUGAUUAUUAAUGUUGCGAAAUUCCCAAUUGCGAAAAAACAUAUCGUAUCCAAAAUGUUUCUUUUUUUAAAGUGUGAUAAUCUUGCCUAACACUUUAAAACCCCCAAAAGAAACAACUUGACAUAUUAUAGAUUUGUUUGUUGCAUACUAGACGUUUAAAGAACUGACAUGUUUUACGCUUAUUUGGCCUUUUUCUGGUGUGUUUUUAUUUUAUUUAGAAAUGAGAAGAAACCUCAAGCACCUUAUUGCCAAAGUGGCAACAUAAACGCUGUGGAGAUCUGUUCAAUGUCACUGUCGCCAGUUUAUACUGAUGUUUGGACUGAGACACACACACACACACACACACAGACCCCCGAGGUGAAGGGUCUGUCGUUAAACCGUCUCUUAAAGGAAACACACAAACGUCUAAAUGUUGAAACUCCCCCGCAGAAGAACCAAAAAUCUAACCUGUUUGUAUCGGUACCAGUUCUGUAGACCAGUGUUGUAACAAAACGGCGUUUGAGGAAAGAUGUUUACGCCUCUAUUUGCUUUUUUACAUAUUUUUACAUUUCUUUUAAAAUCCUUAAAAGCGUUGGUCCUGAGACGAGCACCUGAAGGUGCUACAGUCAGGAGGUGGAGGGGCUUUUACCCCCCCCCCCCUGUUCUGGAGCACAUGGUGCAAUCGAGGAAGACAAGUUGAGUUACUGAGCACAGAGGAAAGAAGAAGAAGAGAGGGAGGAGGGGGAGGUUUGCACAUUUUCCAUUUUUGUUUUCCUUUUUUAAAAAAAAAAGAAGAAAUCUUUGUAUUCCAAUGCUUUGUUUAAAAACCGCCGCCUGAAAUGAGAAAAGAAAAUUCCGAGAUGAGAGAGGGAAGAAGACAGUCUGAGCCUCCCUAGAGAGGGGGGGGUGGGGGGGGUGUUGGCUGGGACGCUCAGAUGAUUUGGUGUGAAUGCAUGCAUACUGCUGUGUACGGCAGCGUGAGCUUUUUUUGUGGGUUUGGGAGCUGUUUGUAAAGGCUUUGUGUGUGUGCAUCUAUGGGCAAACACUGUGUGUAUGAGUGUGUGAGAGUGUGUGUGUGUGUGUGUGUGUG